AUGGCAGUGGAGGUCGGGAAGUGCUACGAGGCCCGCUGGGUUGCAUACCUGCAAGGAAACACACCAUGGAUGGGUUUCAUCCUAUCAGAUAUGCAACCCAAUCUGCAGUUGCUGGGAACACCUGAGAGCACAUCAGAGAAGGCCAAUGGUCAUAUAAUGAAUGUGAAGAAGUGUCCUCAUGCAUCUCAUGUUAUGCUCUCAGAUCCAGCUCCUGAUGUUCCUCAUGGAUUUCAUAGUAGGGAGAGAGUAUGGAUAUCCCAUCUAUUUGACAUGGAACAACUUAUCCAGCAGACCAAAACCCUGGAUGCUCAGGCUUUUAAAGAGGACUGCUCUUGGAUGUCCUACAAAGCAGGAUGGAGAGCAUCGUCAUCCAGAGAAUCUCGUAUGCAUCUCUCAUCACUUGUGAAGAAUGUCUUGCAGGAGGGGCCCUUGACCAAGGAUGAUACCUUGAGCACUUCCAAAGCUCAAUAUGCUCAGGAAGAGAGAGACUCCCAUGCGUGCCUCACCUCCAACUGUCGGUUUGGGAUGUUAAAGAACUGCAGCAGUGUGAACUGA